AUGAAUAAGGAAAUGGACUCCAAUUUUUCUGAACCUAGUCCUCAGACCAGGAGUAUCAAUGACACGAAGGAGGAGCAGUAUCUGGAUGUUAACAUAACCUAUGUAGAUUACUAUCUCCACCAGCCUCAGGUGGCAGCUAUAUACAUCAUUUCCUACUUUCUCAUCUUUGUUCUGUGCAUAGUGGGGAAUACGGUGGUUUGCUUCAUCGUGAUAUGGAACAAACACAUGCACACAGUCACUAACUUCUUCAUCUUGAACCUGGCCAUCAGUGAUUUGCUGAUAGGGAUAUUUUGCAUGCCUAUAACCCUCCUGGAUAAUAUCAUAGCAGGAUGGCCAUUUGGAAGCACCGUUUGCAAGAUCAGUGGAAUGGUUCAAGGCAUGUCAGUUGCCUCAUCUGUCUUCACUUUGGUAGCCAUAGCAGGGGAUAGGUUUCUAUGCAUUGUGUAUCCAUUCAAGCAAAAGCUCACCAUGCAGGCAGCAUUAGGAAUUGUUGUGAUAAUCUGGGUUCUGGCCAUCACCAUCAUCUCUCCUUCUGCAGUCAUGCUACAUGUACAGGAAGAAAAAUAUUACCGAGUUAAGCUCAGUUCCCCUAAUGAAACCAGCCCUCUCUACUGGUGCCGGGAGGACUGGCCAAGCCCAGAAAUGAGGAAAAUUUACACGACUGUGUUAUUUGCCAACAUCUACCUGAUCCCUUUGUUCAUCAUCAUCAUCAUGUAUGGCAGAAUUGGGAUUUCACUCUCUAGGACUGCAAAGUCUUUAAGGAUCAAGCAGACUCAAGAGAAGAGUCAGAUGGUGUCUAAGAAGAAGCAGAGGGUCAUCAAGAUGCUUCUGAUUGUGGCUUUGCUCUUUAUGUUAUCCUGGCUACCCCUCUGGACUUUGAUGAUGCUCUCUGACUACAGCAACCUCUCUGCAUACCAGAUGCAGGUCAUCAACAUUUAUGUCUACCCUUUUGCACAUUGGCUUGCCUUCUGCAACAGUAGUGUGAACCCCAUUAUUUAUGGUUUCUUCAACAAGAAAUUCCGAGGUGGUUUUCAAAACAUUCUUCGGAUCCAGAUCUGCCAGAAAAGGGUGGAUGAAACCUAUCCACAAAGGGCUAAGAGUAAUGUUGCCAUAGCUAUGUCUACCCAGCUGCCACAGAACCCUUCAUUUCAGAACCCCACAGGAGAAAAAGCUGCUUUGAGGAGGACCUCAGAACCUCAGUCCAAGACUAAGCAGGAACUGACCAGAGAAAACCUAGGAGAUGCUUCUAAUGAAAAGAGUAUUAUGAAAGAAAUUGCAUAAAGGUGUUAUAGAGACUACUGUUUCACAACUAGAUAUAGUUUCUUUUUUGUGAAUUUUAAUUCCACUUCAAUUAAUGGAACUUAAUUAUUUUAAGAAUUGCCCCUCUUGAAACACUCCCUGGUGUGAGUGUGUGUAUGUGUUAGAUAGAAGGUAAAUAGAUUGAUAGAUAGAUAGAUGAUAAAUGGAUGGAUAUGAAAUAUUUGGUGGGGUUGUAGAAAAUAAAGGUCUAUGUUUCCUGGAAAAGUAGAAAUUCUCCUAGAUUACAACUCCUUCAUCAAAAUAAACAUGGAAAUUUAUCUUCCGAUCCUUCCCAGUUCCUCAUAAAGCAUGCAUGGGCAUGGACCUGUAAGAAUCAACCCAUGGAGCAUGUGCUGAACUUUCCUUCUCUUAUUAUCCUCUUAUUUGACUAAAAAGUUGUCUCUGUUGGAAUAGAGAAACUCUGUGGAAAGAGCAACCUCUCUUCCACAAACAUCCAAACAUGCUGGUUUUUGCCUAAAAGGUAAUGAAAUAAUCCUUAAGAUACAAUUAGUUCAGAAAACUAAGAUUCAAACCAUAGAUGUAGCUUCUUGGUCAUCUCCAUUCAAAAGACAAGCAGGCAAGGGAUCAAGUAAUUUUCAGGCUUCACACCCUUCUGAUUAAUCACACUGUCACAGUAAAUGUAGAGAUAACCCUAGGUCUGAGCCCACAAGAAAUUGGAUCCUUGCCAAAUAUCCUUUCCAUAUCACGGUUAAGUAAAUCUUUUUCUUAGAUGGAAUACAAGCAUUUCAUUUCAUUCCAAACCUGGUCUGGUUCAGACUUAGUCCAGAAUGUUUCCCCACUAGAAAGUAAGUUCUUUGAGGGAAGGGACUAUUUUACUUUGUUUUGUGAAACCUCAGGGCCUGGUGUGGUAUUUUGCACAUAAUAAACAUCUAAUGAUUUUUUUAAAAAUUUUAAUUAAUUUGAAUCUCACGAAAGGGUGUAUUUUCAGAGGGAAAAAAAAUCACAUUACUCUUUAUCUUAUCAGAUAAACCUAGGACUCAGAUUAUGGGGAACUGGAACACUUCUUUUCCCCUGCCCUAUUGCUCAGUAAUGAAUUGGGAAUGUCUGAAUAAGUUAUAGCAAAUGGAUGUUAUGGAAAUUGCAUCCUUCAUCUUCACCUCUGUUCUACAUAGUAGUCAGUUUCUACUCAGGUCCUCAGGUCUAUUAUUGCUUCUCAACUAUUGGUCAGACAUGCUAACCAUGUGCUUAGACAAUAAUAAUAAUGUCCAUAAUAAUUCUUCCUGUAAAAUGGGGGGAAAUUCAGCAAAUCCCUACGCAUUGUCAAACAGCCUACCAUUACAUUCUAAGGACUCCUGGACCUUAUCAUACAUCCUGCUCGUACACCCCAAGGAUCACUGGGACUCUACAUCUGACCUGCAGCUGAACCUAUCUUCCUAAUAUGUGUUGUCUCCUCUGCUUGGAAUGUAAGCUUCUGGAGAGCAAGGACUGCCUUGUUUCCUAUGUGUACACUUAGCAUGGUACUUGGCAUAUAAUGCUUUUUUAAUGUUUUCUCAUUCCUUUUAAAACUAUUUUGCUUCAGAUAGAAUAGUAAAAUAAAGUUAUUCCUUAGAAAUGU